AUGGCUUCCAAAAAAUACGCGCUUCUUCCAAUGGAAGAAGAGGAAAUAGGUCCUGCGAAAGUUGUAGCAAAGAAGAAGGAGAAAAGGUCACAUCGCGAGAGCUCCUCGCGGCGUGACAGACACCGAGAAAGGUCCCCUCGUCGCGAGAGAUCUCCUCGUAAAGAUACAGAGCAGCCUUCGAAGAAUAUCCGAAAUAAGGCAAAUGAUGAUUAUGAGGAUCGAUGGGGCGAUGAAGAAUAUGUUUCUGAAGAAGAACCAGAAUUCCAAGAGCCUGCUUCCAAACGAGUCAAAACAAGCCACUCAGACGAUGACAUUUCGGAUUCAGAAAAAGAACGAAGGAGAGAUCAAGCAGAGAAAGAUGCUUUUGCGCAGAGGCUGCUUUCGAAGAAUUCCGACAAGUCGAAGAAAAUCCUCGAGGAUAGAUCCGACCCUCUCAUGGCACAGCGGAGAGCUUUGGCAGACGAUGCUGCUGCAAGGAGUGCAGCAAUGCCAGAUAUAAGGGAAAGGUCGAGGCAAGAGUACCUGAAGAAACGUGAGACGGAGCGGCUCGCUCUGCUGAGGAGACAGGUCGAGGAUGAGACGAGGGAGCUGAACGACCCUUAUUCUAAUUUGUCGCAAAAGGAGAAGGCAGAGUUCGCUAAGAACAGAGAGAUUCUUCGACUUGCCGAUGAGAGACUGAGAAUUGAUGAUCACUUAGAUGGCUAUGCUAUGCCGGACGAUUAUAUCACGGAGAAAGGGAAACUCAAUCAGAAGAAGAAACAAGAUGCAUUAUACAAACGCUACGUCGAGAAAGAUGAAUAUGGCCAGGAGAAAUUUGUUACCGAGCAUGAGGAAUGGGAAAGGCAACAGGAAAAGCUAGCCAGAAACCAAAUUCAAAGUACCGAACGAGUCGACCAAGGCGAGUAUGAUUACAUUUUAGACGAGGAACAAGGAAUUAAGUGGAUUAUGGAUUCAAAGCUACCCGGACAGGGUCUGGAUAAGGAAGCAAGGUUCCUAGGUGAGCAAUUGAAAGCUGCUGAGCAGAAGGCAAAGACCAUCGAGGACACGAGGAAGAACCUCCCAAUUUACGCUUAUAAGGACGAAUUUCUAGCUGCUCUAGACCAGUUCCAGACUAUUAUACUUGUCGGUGAGACAGGAUCUGGAAAAACAACACAAUUGCCGCAAUAUCUUCAUGAAGCAGGGUAUACUAAGGAUGGCAUGAAGAUUGGAGUGACCCAACCAAGAAGAGUGGCUGCCAUGUCUGUUGCGCAGCGUGUAUCCGAGGAGAUGGGAUGCAAGCUUGGAAAUGAAGUUGGUUACGCCAUUCGUUUCGAAGAUUGCACGAGCGACAAGACUCUUAUCAAGUACAUGACCGAUGGACAUCUUUUGAAAGAGGUCAUGAUAACACCUUCUCUGGAUGAAUACCAGGUAAUUAUGAUUGAUGAAGCUCACGAGCGGACUGUGCAUACCGACAUACUCCUAGCUCUACUCAAAGAUCUUGCCAAAGAGAGGCCAGAAAUCAAACUUUUGAUCGCCUCGGCGACGAUCAACGCACAAGCAUUUUCGGAUUUCUUCGACAGCGCUCCUAUUUUCAAUGUCAAAGGGCGUAGUUACCCAGUUGAGAUUUAUAACACCCCACAGCCAGAAGCAAAUUACCUUGCUGCUGCUAUUACCACCUUAUUUCAGAUACAUACCUCUCAGCCGAGUGGCGAUGUGCUGAUAUUUUUAACGGGUCAGGACGAGAUUGAGGCGGCUGAAGAACGAAUAAGUGAUAUUUCAAGAAAAUUGGGCUCUAGAGUACCUGAGCUCGUUAUUUGUCCUAUUUACGCAAAUCUUCCAACUGAUCUACAAACCAAAAUCUUCGAACCAACGCCCAAAGGUGCACGAAAAGUCGUCUUGGCAACCAAUAUUGCAGAGACUAGUUUAACCAUUGAUGGAAUUGUAUAUGUUAUCGACCCAGGAUUCGUAAAGGAGAACAUUUACAAUCCGGCGACAGGAAUGUCGAAGUUAGUUACAGUAGCAUGUUCACGGGCAUCUGCAAAUCAGAGAAGUGGUCGUGCUGGUCGUGUAGGACCUGGAAAGUGCUUCCGUUUGUACACAAAAUGGGCGUUCAUGAACGAAAUGGAAGAAAGUACCACUCCUGAAAUUCAGCGAACGAAUUUGAAUGGCACAGUAUUGCUACUUAAGUCACUUGGGAUCAAUGAUCUUUUGACCUUUGACUUCAUGGACCCUCCACCCACAGAGACCUUAAUUGGUGCUCUUAAUCAGCUAUAUGCUUUGUCUGCUUUGAACAACCGUGGAGAGCUUACCAAAAUUGGUAGGCAAAUGGCUGAAUUCCCAACUGAUCCUCAGGUUGCGAAGUCUAUCAUUGCUUCGGACCAACUGGCCUGCUCCGACGAAGUGUUGAGCAUAAUGGCAAUGUUAGGUGAAAGCUCGGCACUAUUCUUCCGGCCGAAAGGGGAACAGAGAGUGCACGCGGAUAGUGCGCGAGCCCGCUUUACAGUAAAGGAAGGAGGUGAUCACCUCACCUACCUCAAUAUCUGGAAUCAGUGGGUGGAUAAUGAUUUCAGCACUGUCUGGGCGAAGGAAAAUUUCCUUCAACAGCGAUCUCUCACCAGAGCGAGAGAUGUUCGAGACCAGCUUGCAAAGCUUUGUGAACGUGUGGAGGUUACAAUUGCCAGCUGCGGAGCAUCAAAUAUCGAGCCAAUCCAAAAAGCGAUUACGGCAGGGUUCUUUGCCAAUGCGGCACGAUUACAACGAGACGGUGACAGUUAUCGCACAGUCAAGAGAAACACCACCGUGUACAUACAUCCUUCAUCAGUAUUGAUGGCAAAUGAUCCCCCUGUUAAACUGGUGGUGUAUCAUGAACUGGUGCAAACUACAAAGGAGUAUAUGCGCAGUUGCAUUCCUAUCAAGGCAAAUUGGCUGCAUGAGCUCGCACCACAUUAUCACAAGAAGAAAGAGAUAGAGGAGAUGGGGGAGAAGAAGUUGUCAAAUCGAAGUAGGAUAUAA